UACAAACUACAGAGUCCGCGUUAUCCGGCACCGGGCACCGCACCUGGCGUCGCAACGAAUCGUUUUCGUUUCUCCGGGGGCCAUUUUCCUGUCCGACCGUCCUGUCACCCGAUUCGGGAGGUGCAUCGCACUUGUCGCCGCCGAUCAACCACUUUGAGCCGCCCGUCGGACGCCUCCCUUACCCGCAGCAGCGCCGCCGGUCGUUUGUAUUAUGAUGUCUCGGUCAGUGCGUGCGGAGACCAGGAGCAGAGCCAAAGAUGACAUUAAGAGGGUCAUGCAAGUCGUGGACAAGGUUCGCCGGUGGGAAAAGAAAUGGGUAACAAUUGGAGAGACUACCAUGAAAAUAUACAAAUGGGUACCUAUAAUAUCCAACGAACAGAAGAAAAAGUCAAAAGAACAUUCUCACUCGAACAAAGAGAACAUGUUGGGCAAAAGACCUAUCGAGGCGACGCACUCAAACUUCUCCAUUGCCGAUGACUCAAAUACCUCAUUUUCCGUCAGUGAUUCUCAUUCACAAGAACCAACCGAAUUUGCCACCCAGUUGGGUUUUUCGGAAGAUUCCAAUUCACAGAACAGCGAACCACCGCCGGCUAAACAAAUAAAAACUGAAUAAGUUUUCCUUUCCGUUGCUUUACCCUAAAAAAAAAUUGAAUUUUUGUUUGUGUCUUGUAACAUUUUUUUGUGCAAAAACACUUAAUUAACUACCUCUAUAUGUUUUUUUUAAAUUGUUCGGAAACUUUGUACUGUAACUACUAUUGAUUGUGCUGUAUGUGUAUGUUCUCCUGCCUUCUCCCUUCCUUUCCAAUGACAAACAUUCAUUCCUCAGUGUUGAUUUUUUUUGUAUUAGAAUCAGAAAAUGUGCAUUUGUGUAUAUAUUACCUUUAAGACGCUAUUUUUUAUUUCAUUUUUUUAAACUUAAUUUAUUCAUAUUUUGACUAUCAAAAUUCAAUUCAAUGGUAUAAACAAAUAUAACUGACUUUGCGUAUUAUACCAUUGACUAAAUGAAAAA